CGGGGCUUCCUGUCGGGGCGGAGAGGUUUCCGCCGCAGCCGCGGCACUUAUGGCCUCGCUCAAAGCGGUGCUCGGGACGUCGCUCCCGGCCGCCCGCGCCGUGUGGCUGCUCUGCGGUUGCCGCCCGCUGCCCGCGCCCUGCUCCAUCUCGGCCGCCGCCAUGGAGCCGGCGCCCCACUGGCUGGCGGGACUGCACUUCGACAACCGCGCCCUGCGCGCGCUGCCCGUGGAGACGCCGCCGCCGGACCCCGAGGGCGCCGCGCCCGCACCGCGGCUGGUGCCCGGGUUCUGCUUCAGCCGCGUGCGGCCCGCGCCCCUGCGGCAGCCGCGCCUCGUGGCGCUGUCGGAGCCCGCGCUGGCGCUGCUGGGCCUGGGCGCGCCGCCCGCCGCCGCCGCCGCCCGCGAGGCCCGCGAGGCCGAGGCCGCCCUCUUCUUCAGCGGCAACGCGCUGCUGCCGGGCGCCGAGCCCGCCGCGCACUGCUACUGCGGCCACCAGUUCGGCCAGUUCGCGGGGCAGCUGGGCGACGGCGCCGCCAUGUACCUGGGCGAGGUGUGCACGGCGGCCGGCGAGCGCUGGGAGCUGCAGCUCAAGGGCGCCGGCCCCACGCCCUUCUCCAGACAGGCUGACGGCCGCAAGGUCCUGCGCUCCAGCAUCCGGGAGUUCCUGUGCAGCGAGGCCAUGUUCCACCUGGGGGUGCCCACCACGCGGGCCGGCGCCUGCGUCACGUCCGAGUCCACGGUCGUGCGCGACGUGUUCUACGACGGCAACCCCAAGCACGAGCCCUGCGCAGUGGUGCUGCGGAUCGCCUCCACCUUCCUCAGGUUCGGGUCCUUUGAGAUCUUUAAGGCCGAGGACGAGCACACUGGCCGUGCGGGCCCCAGCGUGGGCAGGAACGACAUCCGUGUGCAGAUGCUGGACUAUGUGGUCGGCACUUUCUACCCGGAAAUCCAGGCCACGCACGCCAGCGACUCCGUGCAGAGGAACGCCGCCUUCUUCCGCGAGGUGACACGUCGCACGGCCCGGAUGGUGGCUGAGUGGCAGUGUGUCGGCUUCUGCCACGGCGUGCUCAACACGGACAACAUGAGCAUUGUGGGGCUCACCAUCGACUACGGGCCCUUUGGCUUCCUGGACAGGUACGACCCCGACCACGUGUGCAACGCCUCGGACAAUGCCGGGCGCUACUCGUUCAGCAAGCAGCCCGAGGUGUGCAAGUGGAACCUGCAGAAGCUGGCCGAGGCCCUGGCGCCCGAGCUGCCCCUGGAGCAGGGCGAGGCCAUCCUGGCCGAGGAGUAUGACGCCGAGUUCCGCAGGCACUACCUGCACAAGAUGCGCAGGAAGCUGGGCCUCGUGCAGGCCGAGCGGGAGGAGGACGCCGCGCUGGUGGCCAAGCUCCUGGAGACCAUGCACCUGACCGGUGCCGACUUCACAAACACCUUCUACCUGCUGAGCUCCUUCCCAGUGGGGCCAGAGUCCCCGGGCCUGGCCGAGUUCCUGGCUGCGCUGAUGGAGCAGUGUGCCUCCCUGGAGGAGCUGCGGCUUGCCUUCCGGCCCCAGAUGGAUCCCCGGCAGCUCUCCAUGAUGCUGAUGCUGGCGCAGUCAAACCCGCAGCUCUUUGCGCUGAUCGGCACCCGGGCCAACGUCACAAAGGAGCUGGAGCGCGUGGAGCAGCAGUCGCGGCUGGAGCAGCUGAGCCCGGCCGAGCUGCUGAGCAGGAACAGGGGCCACUGGGCGGACUGGCUCCAGGCGUACAGGGCCAGGCUGGAGGAGGACAGGGCGGGUGCCGCUGACCAGGGCGCCUGGCAGGCUGAGCGCACGCGUGUCAUGCAUGCCAACAACCCCAAGUACGUGCUGCGGAACUACAUCGCGCAGAACGCCAUCGAGGCUGCCGAGAACGGAGACUUCUCAGAGGCAAGGACACACCCGUCCCUCCUCCCCUGGGUCCUGCAGGAGGGGCUGGGCCAGGGAGGGAGGGUCCCCAUAACCCCCCCUUGCUCCUCUCCAGGUGCGACGGGUGCUGAAGCUGCUGGAGGCCCCGUACCACAGGGAGGGGGAGGCCGCCGAGGUCCCGGAGGCCGCCGAGCCCGAGGGGGCCGGCAGCCCAGCAGAGAGGCGCCGCUCCUACAGCAGCAAGCCCCCGCUCUGGGCCGCGGAGCUGUGUGUGACGUGAUCUUCGUAACCGCCUUGGUGGCCGAGGCCCCGAGGCAAGUUGACCCCGAGUCCAUGAGGCGGUGCCCAGCAGCGAGCAGCCCACCCCGUCUCUCCAUGACGGCAGGGACGUCCAGUCAGGACCUGACCCGUCUCUGUCUGACACCGACUCAGCAGCCCAGCACAGCAGCAUGCUCCCCAUGAAAAGCUGCUUCGCGCAAGGACAGGGCAGCAGAGGGGCCAGACCCAGGAGGACCCAGCAGCCACAGCCCCCAUGGCAGCCUGGGAGCGCUGCAGGCCCCUGCUUCUCGGAACAGCCCCUAAAUAAACAGCAGCUCCAAG